GCAGUAUAAGAAAGCCCAGGCCUGACCUAAAAUCUAGGUUUAGAUACGGACUCUCGCUUCAAUCAAAUUCCCUAACGCGAUAAUGUCAGCUCCCAUCGCAUCCGCUCACCUUCGCGUGGCCCGCCCAACAAACAAUAUCGACGCCCUUCUGCCCUUCUACGUCGACGGUCUAGGAUUCAAGAAGAUCGGCGAAUUUCGUGACCAUGACGGCUUCGAUGGUCUAAUGCUCGGCCAUGAGGGUGCAGGCUAUCAUCUUGAGUUCACGGCGAAGCGUGGACAUGACGCGGGUAGAUCACCUACGCAGGACAAUCUCAUGAUUUUCUACUUGCCAGAGAAAGAGAAAUUCGAUGAUGCAGUUGGGCGGAUGGAGAAAGCUGGCAUUGUUUCUGUCGCGAGCUUUAAUCCGUAUUGGGAUCAGUGCGGAAAGACGUUUGAGGACGCUGAUGGGUAUCGAGUGGUGUUGGCGAAUAUGAAGUGGAAUUUGUGAAGCGACACGUGAGCUGCCUAAGAACUGAUAUACUGUAGGCUAGAUCAUAUUCAACAAUAGUGACCCAGCUUCAGCUUCACAUCACUUGUUUUGCCCUUGUAGACCAGCUACGAGAAUUCUAAUAUACACAAGAAAGAAGA